AUGGAAAUAUAUGGUCUUGUCUUCAUACCAUCUACAAACAAUGAAUCAAGAAGUAUUGACACGCCAGUGCCACUGCAAAAUGUCCAAGUUGAAGCGAAUGUGGUUGAUAUGAUUGCUGAAGUUAAGAUUUCACAGACGUAUAAAAAUAUCGAAAAGAAUUCGAUCGAUGCUAGCUACAAAUUUCCAAUUCACGAAGCGGCAGCUGUUUGUGCCUUUGAAGCCGAACUUGACGAUGGACGAAUUAUCAAAGGAAUCGUAAAAGAAUCAACUAAGGCAGCUAAAGAAUACAAAGAAGCGGUCUCGCGAGGAUAUGGAGCGUAUCUUCUCGAGGAAAAACUCCCUGAUGUCUUCCAAUGCUCCCUCG